GGCAACGGAUAAGACAUUACAGAAACAGAAUGACACCAUGACCACCACCACCACCAACAACAACAACAGUGUCAGCAACAAAACUAAAAGCAUCAACAGCAACCGCAGCAUUAACAACAGCAGCAAAUGUAGAACUAAAAUUAAAAACAAUAAUAAUAAUAAUGGUAGUAACACCAGCAGGAAAAGUAUUACGACUGGUCUGAAGGAUGGAGCGAGUAAUGAUAAAGAAAGUGUGAGGAAGAACGAACUAGAAAGUCUGUUUGUAUCUUCUCCAUUACUAGCCUCUUCAUUAUCAUCCAAACCAUUAUCAUUGCAACAGCAGCCUACCCCACCACCACCGGCCCUCCCUCUCCUUCUCGUUCCCCAACCAACACAAACCUUGGACGUUGUUGCAUCAGAAGGGAAACGUGAGGAGACGCUUGUUACCGAAACCGAGGUCAGUCAAAAGACUUCAAGAACCUCCCCUCUUUUUAGUGCCCUUGCUAACUGCCCCACCAAUCUACAGAAGCACGAUACUAGUCUCACUGAGAAACAACCUCUAUCUACUCCUCCCCCUCCUGUUGUCUCUGUUGCCGUUUCAUCUUCCAACAGUCCGUUACACAUACCUGAUGUCUCCACCUCUGACACUCGUUCCUCCCCUCCUACAACGCCACCAUCUUUGACUCCUGCUUUUCAGCUCCCUUCCUCAGGAUUACUGCCGGCUCCAGUAGAUCAGGUGAGCAAGCCGACCCCAAAAGCCCGGAAAUCAGGUACCCCAGCUAACCAAUCAAACCAUUAUGUAAAGACCGUCAACCUUGCCCCAAUUGCCAAUAUCAGAAUUAAGUUACCUGUGAUUGAAAAUUCUUACAAUUCCUCACCAAAAUCUCCCCCCACAAGCCCCUUAAAGAUCAACAAAGUGAAUUCCUCGAAAUUUGAUUUCCCUGAUAAAGACGAACCCCUUUCCCUGUCUGACUCGGAAAACAGUCGAUCUAAGAGUAUCCGUCCUCGGAAAAGACGGUGGGGUACAUACGAUCUCCCUAACAAAAAACGGAAAAAAAUAUUUAAACGUAACAAUGAAAAUUCUGGUCAGGACGACAUGGACGAUGAUGAUGACGAUGAUGAAGAUGAUGAUGAUGAUGUUGUCUCGCGAGAUGGUGAGGAUUUGCCAGAGAAAACCCCUUCUUUAGAGCCAGUCGAGUGUGAUACCAAAAAGACAAUUAACAAUGCAAGUGCUGUAAUAAAAAAUUCAUCCACUAUUUUGGAACUGUUGACUAAAAAGAGUCACACAGUGGCCACCACUAAAGAAGAGAAUUCUGGCCCAAUCAUGCCACAUUUGCGGCGAAGUAGGGUGCCGUCUCAGCACAGAAGAUCUUCGACAAAAAGUGGCCAUACUGGCAAGACUGUUGCAGAACUUCUUCGAGAAAGCCAGGCGAAACAACUGGCUGCUAAAGAAUUUCACAACACCACAGCCGCACAUCAAUCAGCGCCUUAUCUACUCAAAGAAGCAGACAGAGUUAUAGAUAUUACGCAUAAAAUGGAUGACUGUGGGAAAGAGAACAGUGGCAGCAAAUUACCUGAGUUAAAAAAAGGUUUACAAAAUAUUUCACCAAAAACUGUCGUUUUGGGAUCAAAAUCAAACACUGUUAAAAAUUCAACAAAGAAGCCAGCAGCAAUAACAACAACAACAGCCGCAGCGCCACCUUCAAGCCCCUUAACGACGUCCACAACGACGACAAUCACGACGACCACCAACACCACCUCCUCCAUCACAAGUACUUCCAGUUACCGCACACUGCCCAACCCUCCCACAACACCCAUUAAUGUGGUUAUGACCAGCGAGGGAGCGAAAGUAUCGAUCCUCGGCCAAAUGGUUGCUGCUGCUCCCAUUUAUUCCACCCCUUCGACAUCGUUGACAUCCCCUGGCCUGAGGUCACUGCUGGGUCCCAACACUGUAGCACUACCUCCUACCCCACCAAAAACACUUGAAAACAACCAUUUAGUGUUGAAUGAAGUGGUGCCUGCCAAAGGAAAUAGGCACACACCACACUGGACACAUCCUUACAGAGGCGGGAAGACACAUACACACAUCACCCGGGGCAGACUCAUACAUACCAAGGGCCAUUCAGUGACAACGCCACAAGUUGUUAUUCCUCUUUGUUGUUGUAAGGUAAAUGGUGUCACAUUUAAAAAACUACCUGCAGUCACGUAUUGUCAAGCCUUAGAUUCCAUUGAUGGCAAGGUGAUGGGUUGCUGUAACAAGGUGACCAACAGUCUGUUAGUACGGCCAGCCAUCAAGAUCCCGUUCAUGGCAGUUUGUGAGUUCCAUCGACAGUCUCUCAAACAACACCAGUGUUGUCCUGGCUGUGGACAUUUCUGUAUGCAGGGACGCUUCUACCAGUGUCGGAAACAAGGUGGCUCUACUAUUCACAAUUUCCACAAACAGUGUCAGCUGUUCCUUGAUAACAAAUCUUACUGUCCCCAUUGUGGAGAAGAGUCGGCACAGUAUGAAGUGAUGUUAACUCUUAACGAACCGAGAAUAAUUAGUACGAUAGAAGAGAAAACAGUUACUCAGCUGGAGCCAUCGUUACCAAAAUCAAGGGUGAAAUUGUCAAUUCAUUUAAAAACUUAUAAAGCUCAAGAGAAGAAGUUGUGUAAGUUAGCGAGCGUGGAGGAAGGAGAAAAGAAGGUUACAUUUGAACCAUCAGCAUCUUCAUCACCAACUGUAUUCACCUCAGCUGGAAUUCCCAAAGGCAAAGACAGAGAAAUUUUAGAAAAAUGUUUUUCUAUUUUGGAACAAGAAAGACCUAAAAAGUACCGAACUUUACCGAAAUCUUUGUAUAAUCCUUGUAAAGAAGGUGAUCUAGCCAAAGUUAUUUAUAUGUUAGUUGAUGGAGCUGAUCCCAACAAGAGAGAUCCAGACAAUGAUGACCAGACAGCUGUCCAUGCUGCAGCAAUUAAUGGUCAUCUGGCUAUCUUACAUGUGCUCAUUCAAGCAGGAGGCAACAUCCAUAUUGUUGAUGGUCGAUUAAACAAUGCAAUCAUCUACGCAUGUGAGAAUAACCAUCUCCCUAUUGUAAAGUUUCUGGUGCAAGCAGGUGCACAGAUUGAUGUCAAGGGUGAAGAUGGCAUGACUUGUCUGCACAUGGCUGCCAAAGGAGGCUACAUUGAUCUCAUGGAGUUUCUCUUGUCUACGCGGAAAGCUGACGUCAAUGUCCAGGAUGAUGGUGGUUGGACGCCAAUUAUUUGGGCAGCAGAGCACCGAAAUGUUGAAAGUGCCAAGUUUCUUGUUCAGCGUGGGGCUGAUCCCACAUUAAAGGAUAAUGAAGAGAACACGGGGCUGCAUUGGGCUGCGUUCUCAGGAAGUGUUGAGAUUGCAGAAUUAUUUUUGGAUUACGGCUGUGAACUAGAAUCUCCAAACGAACACGGAGAUCGGCCCCUACAUAUAUCAGUUCGACAAGACAAUUAUGAAUGUGUUGUGUUGUGUCUCUUACGUGGGGCUGACAUUAGUGCUCGCAACAACAUCAACCAAUUACCAUCAGAUUGUUGUCUGGACCAGAAGAGUAAUGUAUGGAUGGCACUAAACGUAAACAAGGAGCUGAGAGAUUUGGCCUCAAAGAGACUUGAAAGAUCCGAAAAACUUGUCCACAGAGAUAUCUCGUUUGGCCGUGAAAACUUCCCUAUUAACAGUAUCAAUGCCAUCGAUGAUGAAGGACCACCUCUAGAUUUCCAAUAUGUCACCCAGAGUGUCGAAACCACUCCUCUCAAUAUAAACAGGGUAAUUUCUAGCUUGCAGAGUUGCAACUGUCAGGACAGUUGUGCUUCUAUGUUAUGUGUGUGUAGCAGGAACAGCGUCCAAUGCUGGUACGAUCAGAUGGGUCGUCUUGUCCAAGAAUUUAACCAACUGGAGCCUCCCUAUAUUUUUGAGUGCAAUAGAAAUUGUCGCUGUUGGACCACAUGUAACAACAGGGUCGUGCAAAAUGGCAUUGUAUGUCGUCUGCAACUAUUUAAAACCAAAGGACGAGGUUGGGGUGUGAAGACCUUACGUGACAUCCCUCAGGGUGUCUUCAUUUGCGAGUACAUUGGAGAGUUGAUCUCAGAUUCAGAAGCUGAUCGUAGAGAAGAUGACUCUUAUCUUUUUGAUCUGGAUAAUAAGGAUGGUGAGACAUAUUGUAUCGAUGCCCGUCGCUAUGGUAACAUCAGCCGUUUUAUCAAUCAUCUAUGUGAACCGAAUGUGAUCCCCGUCAAGGUAUUUGUUGAUCACCAAGACAUGCGCUUUCCACGUAUUUGUUUCUUUGCAUCCCGAGACAUCAAAGCCGGAGAAGAAAUGGGCUUCGACUACGGUGAGAAGUUCUGGGUGAUCAAGUGGAAACAGUUUACAUGCGCGUGUGGUUCGCCUAAAUGUAAGUACUCUGCUGAUACCAUCCGACAGACGUUGGAGGAGUACCGUCUACGACAUGGGGAAGACGACACUCCGCAGGAGUCAUGAAACAAUCUCAGUUGACCGGGCAGACAGCUGUGUGGACAAUUUAUAUAUAUAUAUAGCAGUUAUGAUGGUGAUGACUAAGAGAAGAUGAUUAUGAUGACAGUGGUGAUGAUCAUGAUGUUGAUGAUGAUUGGUAAAGCUAAAUCUCUUGACCAAAUAAUGGAACAAAAUGUAAAAAUUUAAAUGGAAUUAA